UCACCCAGUUUUCUUUGGCGCGAAAAUCAACUCCUCUGUUAAAACAAAAUUAGGGCUUCGGAUUGAAUUCAGUUGUCGAAGAAAUCCUACUCUGUAAGUUGCUUUUGAGCUCAGAAUGGUGACCACGCGCUCCUCAAAGCGAAAGCGCGUGAAUCAGAGCGACCCUGGAAAAGAAGAGGUGGAAGAAGAACAACCACCACAACAAGGGUUUGAUGAAAAUAGUGAAAAAACGACGGAUACAACGGCGAAAGAGGAGAAGAAAAUGGAAUCUCCGGUGGUGGUACUUGCCCAUGGGGCCGGGGCUCCUUCCUCCACCGAUUGGAUGGUCAGGUGGAAAGCUAUGUUGGCCAAGGCACUAAAUGCUGUUGAAGUAGUAACUUUCGACUACCCUUAUAUUGCUGGAGGGAAGCGAAGGGCUCCUUCAAAAGCUGAAAAAUUGGUCGAUUUUCACUGUGAACUUGUGAGAAAGACGGUGGCUAAGUACCCUGGGCAUCCACUAGUUUUGGCGGGAAAGUCCAUGGGAUCGAGAGUCAGCUGUAUGGUUGCUGGCGAAGAAGAUGUCUCUGCUUCAGCUAUAGUUUGUCUUGGUUACCCACUAAAGGGCGUGAAUGGUGCAGUACGUGAUGAGACUCUACUGCGACUUUCGGCCCCGGUAAUGUUUGUCCAGGGUAGCAAAGACGGGCUUUGUCCACUAGAAAAAUUGGAAGCUGUAAGAAAGAAAAUGAAUUCCGUAAAUGAAUUGCAUGUGAUUGAAGGGGGCGACCACUCUUUCAAAAUCGGAAAAAAGCAUCUACAAUCUACAGGAACCAAUCAAGAAGAAGCAGAAGAUCAAGCUAAUGCAAUAUAUUCUUCUCUUUUCGUUGCUUUGGGAUUGGAAAGGAGAUUCAAAGUAUGA